CUUCAGCCAGACAGAAACUGAAACUGGAUCAAUGGGUGCUCUCCGCACUGUGCUCCGUCACAUUAACACGUGCGCCACCUUCGCUCCACCGCCGCGCCUUCCUAUGGCAUUGCGUUUGAGUUGUGGCGUCACGUGGCACUAUCUUAUACCCUCCAAAACCUCCAGAACCGUUAAAUACCGAGCAGGUUCAGACAGUUACAAGUUAGUAGUGAAGAAAGACGAGCGGUUGACAGCGGGAGAGUGUGUCGACGAGGUUGUUGGGAGUGGGACCACAAUUGCGGCCAUCGUAACUUCCUUAGGGGGGCCACCUGCCGCCGUUGGAAUCGUUCGGCUUUCGGGCCCUGGAGCAGUGUCUAUUGCGGGCCGGGUGUUCCGGCCCGCCCGGAACUCGUGGCGGCCCACCAGCCACGUCGUCGAAUACGGUGUCGUCUUGGACUCCGAUGGCAACUUCAUCGACGAGGUCUUGGUGGUGCCGAUGCUGGCUCCGAGGUCGUACACGCGCGAAGAUGUGGUGGAGCUUCAGUGUCACGGGAGCGAAGUGUGUCUGCGCCGCGUGCUAAGGACUUGUUUGGAAGCCGGAGCAACGCUUGCGGAACCAGGCGAGUUUACUCUUCGCGCUUUUCUUAACGGGCGUUUGGACCUCUCACAAGCCGAAAAUGUUGCAAGAUUAAUCGCCGCCAAAUCUGUGGCUGCUGCAGAUGCUGCACUGCAAGGAAUUCAGGGUGGCUUUUCUUCUCUUGUUCGAUCUUUGCGGAGUCAGUGCAUUGAGUUGCUUACUGAGAUUGAAGCACGUUUAGACUUCGAUGAUGAGAUGCCGCCUCUGGAUUUGAAUUUGGUUAUGGAUAAAAUCCAUGACAUGUCACGAGACGUUGAGAAUGCAUUGGAGACAGCAAACUAUGACAAGCUUCUGCAGUCUGGAUUACAGAUAGCUAUUGUUGGCCGUCCGAAUGUUGGGAAGUCAAGCCUUCUGAAUGCAUGGAGCAAAAGUGAGAGGGCAAUAGUUACUGAAAUUGCCGGAACCACUCGUGAUGUGGUUGAAGCAAGCAUCAGUGUCAGUGGUAUUCCUAUCACCCUUCUUGAUACAGCAGGCAUCAGGGACACUGAUGAUAUUGUGGAAAAGAUUGGCGUAGAACGGUCUGAAGCAGUUGCUAGGGGUGCUGAUGUAAUUAUCAUGACUGUGAGUGCUGUUGAAGGGUGGACAUCUGAAGACACCAAACUUCUCGAAAGAAUUCAAUCUACCAAGGGAUCAACUGGAUCAUCCACCGCAGCAAUCCUUGUGGUCAACAAGAUAGAUUGUAAACCUUGUGCUGAGACUGAAUGGGACAAAGGAUUUCAGAGUCAUAAAAUGUUCAGCAAACAUGUGUUUACCUGUGCUGUUACCGGUCAAGGAUUACAAGACUUAGAGAGGGCGGUAUUACAGAUUGUGGGUCUUGAAGGCAUUCCUGCUGGGGGUCGCAGAUGGACUGUCAAUCAGGAAAGGGUGUAUAAUUGGAAGUCUGUCAGCCAAUUCUCGCAUAGCGCAAGCCAAAAUUCGCAGUGCCAGCAAAAGUAAAUUCACAUAGCGCACCAAUACUUGUGCGUUGUGCAAAUAACAUCAGUUGAGAGGCAGCAGUUACAAGAAAUUCGCAUAGCGCACACACACCUGUGCAGCCAGAAAAAUACUAGAGAAUUCAGAUGACGAUCAGGAGACCUUUCAAGACAUCAAGACUUCACUUUCUGCAAGGAAUUGCUGUAAAGAGUACGUUUGAGAUGUCUAGGAUAGGCUAAAUUUUCUGUUCAUUAGAAUUGGUUGUAUGACG